AUUAAAUUUUUGUUGGCUUUCUUAAGUUCAAAUUAAAAAUUGUAAUAUCAGACAGUCAUGAAUAUCCGGAAUGCUCGGCCCGAAGACUUGAUGAACAUGCAACAUUGCAAUUUGUUAUGUCUGCCUGAAAAUUAUCAGAUGAAAUACUACUUUUACCAUGGCCUAUCAUGGCCACAACUGUCAUAUGUGGCUGAGGAUGAUAAGGGGAAAAUAGUGGGAUAUGUUCUUGCUAAAAUGGAGGAGGAUCCAGAGGACGUGCCACACGGUCACAUCACCUCAUUGGCAGUGAAAAGAUCGCACAGAAGACUUGGACUGGCGCAGAAGUUGAUGGACCAAGCAUCUCGAUCCAUGGUCGAGUGCUUCAAUGCAAAGUAUGUCUCACUCCACGUCAGGAAGAGUAACAGAGCUGCCCUCCACCUCUACAAAGUCACUCUUAAAUUUCAGAUCAGCGAAACGGAGCCAAAGUACUAUGCAGAUGGUGAAGAUGCAUAUGCCAUGAGAAGAGACCUUACUGCUUUCGCCGAAAAGUACAACCCUGCUGCCGUUACAGCCCCCGCCAAAGAAGACAGCUCCUAAUCAAAUAAUGUCAUUUUUUCGUUUAAUAGGCCUAUUUUUAUCGAAAUUUUGCAUUUUAUUUAUCAAUUUUAUUAAAAAGACAAAACACAACCGGACUCAAUAUUAGUAAUCGUUCAUGUUAUAUGUCUACAAAAGUUGAUGAAUUAUUAAAUAUUAAAGUUUCUAAAACGAAAUGAAUAAAUAAAUAGACAGAUAAAAUGGUUAUACAUUAUUCAUUUCGUAGGAUAUCACAAACAUCCUCUAAACAAUCGAUUAUACAUAUUAGCCUUGUGUGAUGGCAGAUAAAAUACUUGUAAAAAUCAAUCCAAGAGUUAUAUAAUUGACAAAACCAACUCUUGACAAUCAUAAAUUAAACAAACAGUCGGUGUGCAAUGUGCAAGAAAUGUUAAUUGUAUAAUUACAUACGAGCCCUUCUAAAAUAGACCCAGUUAGCUAACAAAUUAAGACAAUUAAAUGCUGCUUAGAUAUAGACUUACUCAUUCAUAAUUAUCCAAAAGUUUAUUUGCUAUUUGGGUUUAGGUCAGGCAUAAUAAAAUUAUAUACACACACACGCACACACACGUACAUACAUACACACUUGAACAUUCAUUAAAUGAUGUACGUGCAUUUUUUCCCAUCAAAAUUGCCAUAGUUAAGUUGCCGAUGAAAUAUUGUAUAUAAAUAAAGUUCUGAAAAAAAUUUCAUCACACGACAACGCAAUUUUGCGUGCAUACGUGUACAGCAUGGUAAGCAUGUGCAUGUACGUACGAAUCCACAUCCAAGAUAAAUAAAAUAGUAUAUCGAAUUAUGAAGGGUGAAAUUCUUAAACGCAAGUUACACUUGAGAGAUGAAUAACACGACAAUAGAUCGAAAUAAAUUUCAAUACAUUUUAGUGGCCACCGCAGAGAUAAAAAUCGUACAAUUCACGUGUGCUGCUCAUAUAUCGUUUUAAAAACGUGCUAACAUCUGUUAAAUAAACAAAAACAGCAUCUGUUUAAUGUGGCAGACACACGCGCGCGCGCACACAUACACACACGCACACACACACACUUGACGUACCGGUACGUAUGAAGCAACAGAAGGGGAAAUGUUUGAUGUUUGGAUGGUUAAAAUUAGUAGGAAUAAGGAGUGUGAAUGAAAUUAUGACAUCGCUUUAGUGAUCGUUCUUCACUAUCUCAGUCACCCAUGAUAAUUGCAAAAAGUGCUCACAGCAUAUGUAAUUAUUUUACAUUUUCACAGCGCAAUCCACACACGCACCCAACAUAUGCGGAUAAAACAGAAUUCACAAUCGGCUUUUAAAAACAUAUUUAAUCAAGUUAAUUUCAUCGAGUUUUUUUUAGCUUUAUAAGCCAGAAUAUGUAAGAAUAAUGAUUAAAAUUGAACUAAAAUUUCAUAAUCUGUAACUCAAAUUAUAUAUAAUCUUAAAAACUUCCAUCACCUCAUCACAUAUUAAAAAUUGCUCAAAAACUACUCAGUCAUAACAACUUUCAUACAAUAUUGCCAUGCAAACAAUUUAAUCAAUAUAAAUAAAUAAAUAGAAAUAUAUACGAAUAUAUGGCGUUACUUAAAUAGCACAUGUCUAACAUAUCAUACAUUACCAUUGUUAUGAACAUUUGAGCAAAGAAGCCAAAUCAAUUGAUGAAUGACGAUCUUUAUAAAUCAUACCCCUAGUAAGAAAGAUAAGAACAUUUUUUCAGAAAAAAAAACUAUCAAAUCAUUACAUUAAAAAACCUGUACCUAGUAACAAUAGAUAGCAUAACCAACAUCGAAAACACCAACAAUCCUAUAACAUUAACACUCAUGACAUCAGAUAAUAAAUAACUGUAUCUCAUUUUAAAUUAAACAUGAGAU